AUCUUUGUUAUUUUAGAGACCCUCCAUGUUGGAUGUUCCAGCUCUGCUGCUGACCAGUCUGGAGGAGCUCACUGAAGAACAGCUGAAGACAUUUCAGUCUCACCUGACUAUUGGCAGGAUGUUAGGCUUUCCUCCCAUCCCAGAGAGACAGCUGGAGAACACUGACAGACAGAACACAGUGGAUCAGAUGGUGGAGAGAUACGACCAUGAGGGAGCUGUAGAGAACACACUGAAGAUCCUGAGGAGGAUGAAUCUGGAUGAUCUGGCAGAGAAGUUAGAGAGAGAUCACACUAGAGGUAUUCCCACUGACUGGUACAAGUCCUCAGUCCAACCCAGGCCCUUCUACAGCUCAUUACCCCCUCGUUUCUCCAGGUCCUCCUCCUUCCUUCUCUCUGGCUUGUCUAAGGAGUUGUCAUUAACUACUGGUAGUUCAGGACAGCUCAGCUCACAGAGACCCUCCAUGUUGGAUGUUCCAGCUCUGCUGCUGACCAGUCUGGAGGAGCUCACUGAAGAACAGCUGAAGACAUUUCAGUCUCACCUGACUAUUGGCAGGAUGUUAGGCUUUCCUCCCAUCCCAGAGAGACAGCUGGAGAACACUGACAGACAGAACACAGUGGAUCAGAUGGUGGAGAGAUACGACCAUGAGGGAGCUGUAGAGAACACACUGAAGAUCCUGAGGAGGAUGAAUCUGGAUGAUCUGGCAGAGAAGUUAGAGAGAGAUCACACUAGAGAACCCAAUGAUCCCAUCUUAGGACAGGCCUUGCCGAUAUCGCCCAGCCCUGUGUCUCGCUCUCCCAGUUGUUCCUCAUCAGACACUGGACCAAGUGAAGAAGAGAGAGAAGAACGAGUUUUACCAGCUCAAAGAGUAGUGGCUGACACCGAGAUGGAGGAGUUAACCUGGAUGGAGACAACUGCAACAGUCCAAUCAGCUGAAGAUCCAGUCUCCAACAGUCUGACUCCAACAGUCCAAUCAGCUGAAGAUCCAGUCUCCAACAGUCUGACUCCAACAGUCCAAUCAGCUGAAGAUCCAGUCUCCAACAGUCUGACUCCAACAGUCCAAUCAGCUGAAGAUCCAGUCUCCAACAGUCUGACUCCAACAGUCCAAUCAGCUGAAGAUCCAGGGCCCUCAUACAGUUAUGCGAAUAGCCUCACCUCGAGUUGGCAGCCAUCGCUGGAACUUUGUAAUGAAUUUACUCCAGACAUCUUGGAUCAUGAGGGCAACGGAACUUACCGAUUCCAGUGCCCCCAUGCAGGUCUGUUCCAGUGCAGUAUAACAGGCCUGGUGUUCAGGAUGGAGGGAGAAGGAGAGGUGCUCUAUAGGACAGUCCACUGGGACAGGAGGCUUCUAUCUCAGAGAGGCAAGAGACCUGCAGGACCUCUGUUCAUGUUUACAUGCCUUAAGGGGUCGGUCUGUCAACUACACCUUCCACACUGUGAGAUUCAUUCUGAGGGUGGAUGUGACUUCCUGUCUGUAGCCCAUGUGACUGAUGACAGUAUGAAGUUUCUCCAUCCCCAUGAGACAAGAGAAACUCAUGUCAUAUUAAACAUCACUCAAUUCAGCAAAUAUGGCAUCACCAAGGAUAAGGAAGCUCCUGUGUCUCCUAUCCGUGCUCUGGUGCUACUAUUUUACAAACUCCCAGAUGAUAAUAAUGAGUCCAUCCUAAAUGUGUUGUUGCUGCCCAGAAAUGUUGACAUCGAUGAGGUGUGUAAGACCAGGAGGACAAGGAAUGGAGACCGAGAAAUCUACAUUGAAAAAAAUCCUAACUGUAGACUAACCCCGGACCAAGAAUACACCCUCUCCACCGAUCUAACAGAUGAACAUCACAUAGAUCCAAAGGAAGCAGAGUUUGUGGAUUAUGAUUCCUAUACAAACUACAUGCCGACAUUUCAGUUGUAUUUACAAACUGUUAUUAAAAAAGUGGAUCUUCUUCUGAAAGAACAUGGCGGUCCUGAAAAUGAACGUGUAUGGAACCGCCUUGUUUCACUACCAGCCUCACCAACAGAAGUGAAGUCUGCAGCCACGCCCCCAGGGGAUAACUCAGCAGGGUCAACGAAGGUUCAUUUUCUGCUGUUGAACACUAUGAAAGAGCUGUGUCAAAUCGACCUGAAGACAUUUCAGUGGUACCUGAUUCAGGGUGUGGAGGGCUUCUCUUCAAUCUCAAAGGGCCAUCUGGAGGAUGCUGACAGGCUGGUCACAGUGGAUAGGAUGGUACAGAGCUACUGUGAUGACGGAGCUGUGAAGAUCACACUGGAGAUCCUGAGGAAGCUGGACCAGAACAAACUGGCUGAUGAGUUAGAGAAGAAGUUCCCAAACAAUGUCUGAACUGGAUACAGUAUGUCUACAACUCUAUAUGCAUUCGCACAUCAAGUCUUCUCUUGAGAUGGGCUCGGGGAUGGAACAACUGUUGAACAUCUGUGGUUGUUUGUGGGGGAAGGGUGGAUAGUGUGUGUAUGUAUCCCACAUAUGUUGCUACGGGGUAAUGGUGUUAGGGACAAUAUAGGAUGAAUCACAAUAAUUAUUUGCCAAAAAUGUGAGAAUAGAAAGGUUCAGAACUUUUGUGAAACAUUACAGCACCGUUGAAAAAUAUCUGGCAAAUAGAAAUGGUUCAGAGAUAGAUGGGAGGGGUUGAGUGGAGCUGAAGGAUGGGAGGGGUUGAGUGGAGCUGAAGGAUGGGAGGGGUUGAGUGGAGCUGAAGGAUGGGAGGGUUUGAGUGGAGCUGAAGGAUGGGAGGGUUUGAGUAGAGCUGAAGGAUGGGAGGGUUUGAGUGGAGCUGAAGGAUGGGAGGGUUUGAGUGGAGCUGAAGGAUGGGAGGGUUUGAGUGGAGCUGAAGGAUGGGAGGGUUUGAGUGGAGCUGAAGGAUGGGAGGGUUUGAGUGGAGCUGAAGGAUGGGAGGGUUUGAGUGGAGCUGAAGGAUGGGAGGGGUUGAGUGGAGAUGAAGGAUGGGAGGGUUUGAGUGGAGCUGAAGGAUGGGAGGGUUUGAGUGGAGCUGAAGGAUGGGAGGGGUUGAGUGGAGCUGAAGGAUGGGAGGGUUUGAGUGGAGCUGAAGGAUGGGAGGGUUUGAGUGGAGCUGAAGGAUGGGAGGGUUUGAGUGGAGCUGAAGGAUGGGAGGGUUUGGGGAAAAUAUAUUUAAAAAAUAUACAGAUUUUAUGUGUGUAUAUAUAUAUAUAUAUAUAUAUAUAUAUAUAUAUACAGAUUUUUUUAUAUAUAUAUAUUUACAAAAAAUAAAUAUGGGGGAU